AUGUCGACAACAAGAGAUUGGUUACGGAGGAAUUUUGGCUCUGAGAGCAAAAUCAGCGAACAUCGAUGGGACUUCAAUAAUAUCAACAACUGGAAACUGGAAAAGGUCCUCUGCAUAUAUGCUGUCGCUUCGAAAAAACUCCUUAUAACCUUGCAAUGGGGUCCUGGAGGAUACAACGCCGGAGGGGGAGGAAGGGAUUCUGCAGUCAAUAACAAUGACAGUGCGGGUGGAGGGGGAGGAGGUGGACACUUUUCUGGUGAUGGGGGAGGGGAUGGUGGAACUGGUUGUACCAACAAAGAAGGAACAGCUUCAACUGUUAUUGGCACUUACACCGGGGGUGGAGGAGUGGCGAGAUGCCCAGGGGGUGAUGGUGGGGACGGAGGUCAGCAAGGCCAGCCUGUUCAGGGUAAAUAUGUGAGUGCUUAUGGCGGAACAUCUGGGACUGAGAGCAGAGGAGGAGAGGGAGGUCAACAUUUAACCGAUCCCCUCACAGACUUCACCAAGCGACAGGGCUACAGUGGGGGAGGGGGUGGUAGAGGCGGUUCUGCUAUUAACGAUGAUCACAACCCAGGGGGGAGGGGAGGAAAUGGAGGUGGUCUGGUGUAUCUCCUAGUAGGAGAACUGACCCUUGAUGGAAAAAUUGAAUCGAAAGGACAAUCAGGGGAAUGCCUAAACAUGAAGGCACACAGAUCUGCUCCCGGGGACAGUGGUGCAGGUGGAAACGUAGUCAUCAUAACUAAAUCAUUAAAUGGCAAUCCGAACAACAAAAUUGAAGUCGAAGGUGGUAUCCCUGUGGAUUGUGCUUUUGGAACUGGAGGAGGUAAGCUAAAUCCCCUUUCAACCCCACCCCAUUAUUAA